AGUAUGUGUUCACCCAUACGCUAUUCAGCAACACUCCUUCCACAGAUACAAAUACAACCGCCACCCCACACACCACAACAAUGCGCAGGUUACAGCAGCUGUGCGUCUUUCUGUGUUUCGCGGCGCUGCUAGGCGGCAGCUGUGUUGUCACGGCGUCCCUGCUGACCGAGGUCCCGCCGGAGCAGGUCUUUCUGCUGCACCGUCGUCGCAUCGGCACCACCGAUGAAAGCGACCUUCGCGCCAUCACCCGCGGCCUCCCCACAUCCACCGCGCCGCACGUUUCGCUCGAACACCUGCACGCCCUCUCGUCACGCCAGCUGAGUAAAAUCAUCAAAGAUCGCAGUAGCGAGUGCUACGGCUGCGUUGAGAGAAACGACUUGGUGCAGCGGGCCUACGAGGUGCAGCGGCAGCCCACGAUGGAUGAGCGGGUCGCCUGGCAGCUGACCGUUUCUGAUCGCGGUCUCAUGACCAUGACGGCGCGGCACGACAACAUUGCCUCUAUCACCGGCUCCUUUCUCAACACGGACUGCCAGGUUUUAAAUCAGACGAUUUACUGCCAGCCGCGUGGCAUCUAA